UUUUGCUUUGUUUUUUUUUUUAAUUUGGAUCGCUUUUUACUCUGUCGCCUUUUUUUAUUUAUUUAUUCCCCCCACAUCAUGCAUCCAAAUGAGCUGACCAUCACUGCCUUCAAACCACUCCUUUCUUUCCCACCCAGGAUUGACAUUUGCAAAUCUUUCAGUUUUCUUUUUUUUUUUUUUUUUUAAAUUUCGUUCUAAAUGUCACAAAAGUUGACAGAUGCACAAUACCGUCACGGCAAGACAACAAUGAGGCUGCACAAGAGCAGCGAAUGGCAGUCCUGUGUGGGUUUGUCUUGCUCUGGGAUGCCGUUGGCUUAACAUAAGAGAGUCCGUCAGCAUCCUCCCACCUCCUCAUCUGCGUGUGUGUGUGUCUAAUCUGUGCUGUGCUAACUAAUGUGUGUGAGCGGGAUAACAGAAAGUGAGAAAGAUGUGGGCAAAUGAAACCACUUCUGUCCUCCUUUUCCCCAUUUUUCUUUGUCGGGUUCCCCUUUCAACUCAACUUCCCAAAAACAAUGUCCAUUUCAAAACGGAGUCAAAAUUUACAAUCACUUCAAAGAGAACAAGCCCCUAAUAUUUAUGCAAAGUGAACAAAACCAAUCACAAGGCACAUACAUAACUGCAAUUUUAAGGUGUACCAUAAGACUCUGACAAAAUAGCAGCAUCACUUUCAUGAGUCAGUUAAAACAGUGACAUUGUUGUGUAUUAUGAGCAAAUAUUAGGAUUCCUCAGGGGAGGGGAAAGCCGCGGGGUGCAAGAAAUAAAUGGGUUACCCCCGUUUAUUCACCUGAGUCACACGCGACACAGAUAGCGCUGGGAAGGCGCGAAAACAAACAGCGGGAUGACUCAAGAGGCCUCCUCCAUUGUCAGAUGCGUUUCCCUCAAAUGUUUACUCCCCAACCGCUGUGCGCACACAUGGGAACACGAUGAGAAUAAAGCUGGAGUUGACGGCUUGAGUGCUGCUCACGUGAAAAAAAAGUAUUAUCUUCACCUUAACUCAAAACCAAGAAAAAAAAAUUAUGUGAGCGUGGGGAGGGGGCGCGGGCAACUUUACCAUUAAGGGCAUCAUAAUUCUUGCUUUGAAAAAGCAAGGCAAAAUACGUCAGUGUAUAUGACAAACAAAACACUGCAUAGAUUGUUGGCAGACACUGACUCAAGCUGCUCCUACCACAACUGGGAAUCACAUAAUUGAAAAUAUGAUCAACCCAGAUUGGAAAAUCGAAAUUAAUUUAAAAAGGAACACAUCUUUUUUUUUUUUCAUGUCAAACAUUCCCCCAAAAUUAGGAGAGAACUAAAAUCUCUUUUUAAAAGGUAUUAAAGCUUAUUAUAGUGUAGUCGUAGUAACCUAAUUAAAAACAUUUGUUUUAAAUAAAUACAAAACAAUUAUAAUUACAUAAUGAUUAAUUUUUCAAUUAACGUUUUUCUUGCAGAUUAUGAUGCCAAAUACUGUAUGUGUAACAAAUACAUAGGGAAGUCUGGGUAUCCCUGCUGAAGCUACUUCCCCUGCGACCAGACUGGGAAAAGUGGUAGAUAAUGGAUGGAUGGAAAUACGGUAGAUAAUGGAUGGAUGGAAAUACAUAUUUUUUAAAUUAAAAAAAAAGUCGAUAUACUCACAUAGUAAAAUAAUAAAUCAAAUAAUGCAACAAAUAAAAAUUACACUUUUCUCUCUCAUAAAAACAAAAAUAAAAUCUGACGGCUAACUUUUUUUUUUUUUUUUAAACAGGUGCAAGAAGAAACUAUUUCACAUGUAAUUGAUUCAUAAAAUAUUACAAAAGAAGGACAGCUUUAGUAGCGCAGAUGUAAUUUGUUCUCUUUUAAGCUUUCAAAGUGGACUACCACGAUAACUAAUGAAUUGUUUUCAUUCAUUGCAUUGGUUACACAAAGGAAAUAAUUCCCUCUCACAGCAGAACGACUGAGCAUGAUAAUUGGAUUUCUAAUACUGUACUAAUUGUGUUUUUAUACACCAUAUGUAUGAAUGCUAAGAAGUCUUGACAAAUAAGGCUUUUAUCUGGUUCUUUAGGGGAUAUCACCCUUACAUCUUUUUCGAUUGAAAAAACAUGUUUUUACUUCUCCCGUCCCACUCCUUACUUCACACAUUCGCUUCCUCCCCAUCCUCCUUUCCUCCCUCGCUCCUUCCUUUCCUUCAUCUCGUCUCAGACGCCCAGCCCACCGAGGCAGAGACGGCCGUGUGGAACCAGGUCAGCGCCGUGCUGGAGGAGGCCCACGGGAUCCUGGCCGAGCUGCAGUCCUAUAACGGGGCCGGGCAGGAGAUACGAGAAGCCAUUCAGAACCCAGGUGACCUGGCUCUGCAGGAGAAGGCCUGGAACGCAGUGUGCCCACUUGUGGCCAAACUGAAGCGGUUCUAUGAAUUCUCACUGCGCCUGGAGAACGCCCUGCGCAGUCUGCUGGAGGCCCUGACGAGCCCCCCCUACGCCCCCAUGCAGCACCUGGAACGAGAGCAGGCCCUGGCCAAGCAGUUUGCAGAGAUUCUGCAUUUUACGCUCAGUUUUGAUGAACUCAAAAUGACAAAUCCAGCCAUUCAGAACGACUUCAGCUACUACAGGAGGACCAUUAGUAGGAACAGGCUGAACAACCAGCAGCUGGAAGCGGAAAACGAGGUCAACAACGAGAUGGCCAACCGGAUGUCGCUGUUCUACGCCGAGGCCACGCCCAUGCUGAAGACCCUGAGCAACGCCACCACCAAGUUCGUCUCAGAGAACAAGACCUUACCCAUCGAGGAUACCACAGAUUGUCUGAGUACCAUGGCCUGCGUGUGUCGUGUCAUGCUUGAGACCCCGGAGUACCGCUGCCGGUUCACCAACACGGACACCAUGUUGUUUUGCAUGAGGGUGAUGGUGGGCGUCAUCAUCCUCUACGACCACGUCCACCCAGUCGGGGCCUUCGCCAAGACCUCCAAAAUCGACAUGAAGGGCUGCAUCAAGGUCCUGAAAGAGCAACCCUCCAACAGUGUGGAAGGACUUCUCAAUGCACUGAGGUAUACGACACGACAUUUAAAUGACGACAGCACCUCCAAACAGAUUCGGGCGCUGCUGCAGUGAGCGAGAGAGCCGCGGAGGGGCGUGCACUGCAAAAAGAAAGAAAGGAAGAAAAAAAGGAGUGCAAAACGCCAACGAAAGGGCCCAUUUGUUUACGACAAACAACUCCGGAUGACCAGAAUAAUAAUAACGCGACGAGGAAAAAAAAGAAUUCUAUUUAUUGUCAGCUGUCCACCAUUCUGUCUCUUGUUUUGUAAAGUAAGAAAAUAGAGAUACAAAAGCCAGAAAAGAUAUAUUUAAAAACAAGCCGCAGAUGAAAAAGAAGUAGAAUUAAUGACAAGAGAGGCCGCUUUUAUUGCCAAUUUAGGUGCGAAUCGAUGCUAAGCUGACACUUAAUUCCUGCAGUAGUCUUGACAGGUCAUUUUUGCACACCCAACUUUUUUUUUUUUUUUUUUUUUUUUGUUCCUUCACUGGGCUGACGUCAUAAAUGCACCGCGGAGCAAUGUGAUGGACGCCCUCCGGAGAAUUGCUUUCCAACAUUUGGAGUGUUGACGAUCAGAGCAGUGGAAGGAUGAGGUCAUUCCUUCCUUUCAAUCCAUUCCUUCAUGUUGCGGGCCUUUACUUGAACAACUGUAGUUGGGUCUUUCUCUCCAGGGGUGCUGAUGUGCUUUUCGCUAUCACUGUGCUUUACUCGCCAUCCAGCUCAGCACUUUGCCACUUUUUUUUUUCUCCCCACCCCAAAAGUCCUAGUUUUCUUUUUAAAGCCUUGCUUUUUCGGGAAAAAUUGCGAGGAAGACGUGCGUCACCUGCUUUAUUAACCCCCUUGUUCUGUUCGGUUCUCAGGGACAGCAAUCAUUUGACCCCGGGGCGUUUGGAACUAUUCAAAGGGGUCAAGCCCCACAAAAAUCAUAUUUGACAUGUUGAAUUAUCCAAAAGUAUCAAAAACAGCAAAAAUAAAACCUCUCCCAAAACAUCGUUUAGAUUGCAAUAUUAACUUCACUACAAUAAUUUUAAUCAAAGUUUAAUCAUUUACCUCUCAAAGAUUACAAUAAUGUUCUUGGGUCAAUUUGACCAAGGGACAUAUUGAAUUACCCAGAAGUGUCAGAAACUAUCUCAAGAAUACCAAUAAAAUGCCGCUUCAAUUUCAA